UGGAAUUAUUAGCAGACGGCUUGUCAGUGACAGUUUGGUUUACUGGCGAACGGUGACAGUUUCUAACUUCUGCAUGUAAACAUGGGAUUUUAUCUAUAAUCACUGCAGCACCACAAAACAAACCAUGCCGGAAGAAGGGGUAAAGGUUGCCGUCCGUGUGCGGCCCUUCAACCAAAGGGAGAAGGAUCGGAAGGCUCACCUGAUGAUAAAAAUGUCUGGUCAGAUGACCUCUAUAACAAAUCCAGAAACCCCAAGUGAAGAGCCAAAAAAGUUUUCAUUUGAUUAUUCUUAUUGGUCCCAUGAUGGAAUGGUGGAGUCAUCAGCAGGUGUGUUUGAGCCCACACCGGGAUCAAAUUAUGCCAGUCAGCGUAAAGUGUUUGAGGAUCUUGGUCAAGGUGUACUCGAUAAUGCAUUUGAAGGUUACAACUGUUCGCUGUUUGCCUAUGGCCAGACGGGCUCAGGAAAGUCCUACUCCAUGGUGGGAUAUGGUGCCAAUCGGGGUAUUGUACCAAUUACUUGUGAUGAAUUAUUUAAAACUAUGUCUACAAACGAAAAUACAAAUAAGCGAUUUGAGGUGACGUUUUCCAUGUUGGAGAUCUACAAUGAACAGGUACGGGAUCUCCUUUCUCGUGAAAACCCAAAAGGAGGACUGCAGGUCCGACAAAAUCCCAAACUAGGUUACUUCUACGUGGAAGGUCUAAAGAAAGUUCCCGUGGGAAGCUACGUGGAGAUAGAAAAGAGAAUGGACCAAGGAACGGCCAAUCGUACGGUGGCCUCCACAAACAUGAAUGCUACGAGUAGUCGCGCGCACACUGUUGUCUCCAUUACAUUUGACCAGAUCAUUAAGAACGAGUCAGGCUCGGAGACCAAAAAAAGCAGUGUCAUGAAUCUUGUGGAUUUGGCUGGGUCUGAACGGGCAGACAGUACGGGAGCGACAGGUGACAGAUUGAAGGAGGGUGCUAACAUCAACAAAUCUUUGUCGGCGCUCGGUAACGUCAUAUCAGCAUUAGCAGACCUGUCGACGGGCUCAAAGAAGAAAAUUGUCGUCCCCUACAGAGAUUCUGUACUAACAAAACUACUUCAGAAUGCUUUGGGAGGAAACAGCAAAACAAUAAUGAUAGCGGCUUUAUCUCCGGCUGACAUUAAUUACGACGAGACGUUGUCAACGUUACGAUAUGCAGACCGUGCGAAAAAGAUCAAGAACAAGGCUGUCAUCAAUGAAAACCCUAUGGACAAACUUAUCAGAGAACUCAAGGAGGAGAAUGACAGGUUAAAGAAAGCUAUGGAGUCAGGCGGGAUGAUCGAGGGAUCCGCUGGAAUGAGUCCAGAAGAGUUGGAGCGAAUGAAGAAAGAAAUGGAGGAACAAAUCCGUGCCCAGCUGAUGGCUAACCAGGCUAUGUUGUCGGAGAACGACUCCAAAGAGGACUGGGAUGCAAAGUUGAGAGCUGCUCAGUCUGAGACGGACGAACUGAAGGGCGUAGGAUCUCAGAGCACACGAAGGUCUAAGGAUCCAUAUCUAAUCAACCUUAACGAGGAUCCCAUGUUGUCAGGAGUCAUCUGUCAUUUCCUCGACUCCGACAAGACAACAGUCGGUCGGAAGGAUGCUAAGCCUCUUCCUGAUGUUUGUCUCAGUGGUCUAAGUAUUCAAAAACUACAUGCAAUAAUCACCAACAAAAACGGCAACAUAGAAAUAUCACCUGCUCCAGGGAGUGCUUCAAAAACCAAGGUCAACGGCCUUCCACUCAGCGAUACCAAGGUGCUCUCUCACAAAGACAGAAUCCUGUUUGGGUCAAACCACAUGUAUGUGAUAAUGAACCCAAAGAUGACAGAUACCGCUGAUAAAAACUUACCCAACACCAUCGACUGGGACUUCGCUCAGAAGGAAAUUGCUGAAAUCAAAGGAUUUGCUACACAUUCUUUAGGUCUCACAAAAGAUCAAAUGAUAGCUCAAGAACAGGUCCUGGAGAUGCUGCCAAUGGUGUCGGAGGUGAAUGCAGUUUCCGAGGAGUUGGACAAAAGAAAAUCUUUUGAGGUUGUGUUGAUAUCGGCAGCAGCCCAAGAAGGAGUGGAUGUCAGCUCCAACAACGGGACAAGAUAUGAUGAGGGAUCUGCGGUGAGAGUUAUGGUGAAAAUGACCAAUUUGCUCAACAGCAAUACUUGGCUGUGGCAGCGUGGAAAGUUCCUCAACAGAAGGUACCUCAUACAGGAUCUGUACCAGCGAUUCCUGGAUGGAGACGAUUUAUCCAAGGUUUCCAAAGAGGAGGAUCCGUUUUGGGAGCCUCCCGAGGAGGUUCUCAUUGGAACAGCGAAUGCCUUUCUCCAGUCCCUGUCAUAUGCGCUAGAUUUUGAGGAUCAGCUCAUGAUCACGGACUACAAAGGCCAAGAGGAGGGAACUCUAGCGGUCACAGUGACACCAUGUGAUGCUAAAGGCAAGCCUGCGGAUGAAGAAACUUUCGUCGAAGAUCCUACUGAACAACUCAACAAACCUUUCUAUUUCAAGGUGGUGGUGGGAAAAGCUGAAAUUAACAAAAGCAGAUUUUCCAGAGGAAUACGUGUACAGUUUGCAUUACCAUUUUCAAACAAGAAGGAGCCAGAAGUUGUGCAAACACAGGUUAUGAAAAACACUUUAAGUCCAGAGUUUAAAUUUUCAAAGGUGUUGUCUAUAAACAAAGUGCAGAAAAAGCAUUUAGAAUUCUUUGACCAUGGAUGUUUGACUUUCUAUGUGUUUGGUAUGCAAGAGGAUACACUGCCUGAACCCAACUUGUCCAAGCUCACAACCAAGGAACUAAGGCAGAGGAACAAUAUGAAAGAGAACGCGGACACCACAGUACGCAGAAAGACGUUGUUUGGUAACGACAUCGCCUCGGACCAGUCUCACCUAAAGGCCGAGGUUGUCUUACUUCAGCGGAAACACGACAGACUGGUACAGAAGGAGAGACGAAUACAGGAAAUCUGUAAGGAGUGGGAAAAGAAACAGGAGUCAGAACGGCAGUUUGAUCCUUUCUACCGGGCCGUGUCAGCAGCUGCAUUCAGCACAGGGACGAGACUCAAGACGCGGGUACAAAUGCUCAACCAGAUGUUACGGUUACAAAAAGCAGUUAAAAAGGAUGACACUAGCGUCUCCCCACAAUUAAACUCCCCCGUGGUGCCCCCAAUUCUCCGAACAAGCGCUGCUCCUGGCAGCAUAUCCCGUCAGAAAACCAUGGAUCCAUCCAUCGUUUUACAAGGUCAAAAAUUUGUGCGCUCUUUGAAAACAGGCAGUGAUCUUUCAAACAACAAGCCAGCAGGGGGUGGGAUGAAGCGGCCAACUUCUGCGGGAGGUAACCGAAGUGAUGGUAGCAAGGCAUGUGUCAUCCAAUGAGAAGCUAGCUAACAAUCAGCAAGUACUGUCAUAUGCCAGCCAUUACGAUUGGAUAAAUCUCUGCUUCUCUAGAACUGCUGGAUUCAAAGAUGAUCAGCAUUGGACAAGAUGAGAAGAAUUUCGAUGAAAAAACUGGUUACUAUGGAAAUAACAUAUAGGUCCAUGUUAAUUAUGUUUCAAUGUAAUGGUGAAAAGGGAAAUUGAGAUGAAAAAUUUAUAAUUGUCAGUCACAAGGGUUUAAGACAAAAAUUGUUUUUUAUUCAUUUAUAGCUGGAUUGUUAUAAUCACAGUAAAUUUGGAAGUUUCUAUAGUUCAAAAGUGAAACUUGAAAUGUUCAAUUUUGUAUAUUUAAAUCAUUAAAUAUGAAUUUACUUUGGAUUUAUAAAUCCAUUGUUUCCUUGACUGUGCACAGUACAUGAGUAUUACACAAACAGUUUUAGGUGAGGACUAAGGUAAACAAAAAACAAACAAGAAAUAUCUUUAAAAAAGAUUAACGGCAAAAUUUUAAUGUUGGUGGUUAAAAUGUAAAACUGCUGGUGAAAUAAAUCAACGAACUAAUGCGUUUCAGCACGGAUAACACA